AUGCGCCCGCGAGCUGAGGCCGGGGCCCGGAGCGGCGCUGGGAAGUUGGGAGUCGCUUCAGAGCGGGGGCUCCGUGGCCUUGGCGCAGCCAGAGCAUGAGCUCGCGGAAUCGCUGGGGAGAAUGGCUCCUGAGCCGGCGGGUGCCCUCCGCCGGGGUGUUCGGCGUGGCCUUCCUGGCUCGGGUCGCCCUGGUUUUCUACGGCGUCUUCCAGGACCGGACCCUGCGCCUGCGGUAUACGGACGUGGACUACGAGGUCUUCACGGAUGCCGCGCGCUUCGUCACGGAAGGGCGCUCCCCGUACCUGCGGGCCACCUACCGCUACACCCCGCUGCUCGCUUGGCUCCUCACCCCCAACGUCUACCUCAGCGAACUCUUCGGCAAGUUCCUCUUCAUCAGCUGUGACCUCCUCACCGCUCUCCUCUUGCACCGCCUGCUGCUGCUCAGGGGACUGGGCCGCCGCCGGGCGUGCGGCUACUGUGUGUUUUGGCUUCUCAACCCCUUGCCGAUGGCAGUGUCCAGCCGGGGCAACGCGGACUCGAUCGUCACCUCCCUGGUGCUGCUGUCCCUGUACUUCCUAGAGACUCGGGCCGUGGCCCGCGCGGCAGUGCUGUACGGUUUCGCGGUGCAUAUGAAGAUGUACCCGGUGACCUACGUCCUUCCCAUGGCCCUGCACUUGCUGCCAGGACGCCCCCAGGAGGCCUGCUGCCAGGCCCGGGGUUCUCUCCGGGCGCGCUCGUGCGCACUCCUGAAGGGGCUCUGCAGCGGCGCUGUGCUGCUCUUCGUCGCCGGGGCUGGGCUCACGUUUUUUGCCCUGGGCUUUGGCUUUUACUCUAAGUACGGUUGGGAGUUUGUGGAGCACACCUACCUUUAUCAUCUGACCCGGCGGGAUAUCCGGCACAACUUUUCUCCCUACUUCUACAUGCUGUACUUGACUGCCGAGAGCGAGUGGAGCUUCCCGCUCGGGAUGGCUGCGUUCCUGCCCCAGCUCCUCCUGCUCGCAGCCGUGUCCCUGGCCUAUCACAGAGACCUGCUCUUCUGUUGUUUUCUCCAUACGGCCAUCUUCGUGACUUUUAACAAAGUCUGCACCUCCCAGUACUUUCUGUGGUAUCUCUGCCUCCUACCGCUUGUGAUGCCGUUCGUCAGGAUGCCCUGGAAAAGAGCUGUGGUUCUCCUAAGCUUGUGGUUUAUCGGGCAGGCCUUAUGGCUAGCUCCUGCAUACGCUCUCGAGUUUCAAGGAAAGAACACCUUUCUCUUUGUUUGGUUAGCUAGUUUGUUCUUCCUUCUGAUCAACUGCUGCAUCCUGAUCCAAAUUAUUUCUCAUUACAAGGAGGAACCCCAGACCGAGAGACUCAAAUGUGACUAAUCCAUGUACCUCAUUGCCUCGACCAGUUCUGGCCAUUAACAUCCUUAAUGUUGUGAGUGGACCAGAAGUGUUGGGGGAGGAAAAAAAACAACUAUUGUGAGCAUCUGAAGCACUCCAGUGAGAGUUCAGUUAGGAGCAUAUUCUGUUCCAACAGAAACGACAGUGGCUUGUCCAUAUCUAGAAAAGGGUCUCAGUCAUGAGGUCCACCCUCUAGGACAUCUGAGGAUUCAUUUAUCUGAAACACGAUGGGAAGUCAAGGGUACUUGUUUGGAAAUGAGAAGGCUGCUGCUGAAGCUGCCAGAUGCGAAAUGGUAAAUGACUUACAGAAAAAUAAAGGAAUACAGUUAGAGUCCUAA